AUGCUGCUAAAGAAGAAAAAAACAGAAGUACGCGCUUUAGGCCGACAUAUAUAUGUAUCUGCUGACAAAGCAAGAAGAGUCAUUGAUCAAAUUCGCGGACGUUCCUACGAGCAAACCCUUAUGAUACUAGAACUGAUGCCCUAUAAAGCAUGUUAUCCCAUUUUCAAAUUAGUUUAUUCUGCAGCAGCAAAUGCUAGUUACACUAUGGGCUCCUCCGAAGACAAUUUAGUAAUUAUUAAAGCUGAAGUUAACGAGGGUACUGUCGUGAAAAAAUUAAAACCUCGAGCUCGAGGACGUAGUUAUGCGAUAAAAAAAGCUACCUGUCAUAUAACUAUUGUAGUGAAAGAUAUAUCUUUAGAUAUAUAUGAAGAUAUAUCUUUCUAUUCGUUAAAAAAACCUAGAUGGAAAAAGACAAAUAUGGUGGAUCAUGAUGCAUAUAAUAGUGAGGUAGUAUGGGACAAAAAAUAA